AUGCGUCAGGCGAUUAUAUGUUAUGAAAAUACGACAAAUAACAACAGUAAUAGUAGUAGUAGUAGCAAUAGUAGAAGUAGCAAUAGUAGAAGUAGCAAUAGUAGAAGUAGCAAUAGUAGUUGUAGCAGUAGUAGUAACAGUAGUAGGAGCAAAGGUAGUAGCAUUAGUAAGAGCAAAGGUAGUAGCAGUAGUAGGAGCAAAGGUAGUAGUAUUAGUAAGAGCAAAGGUAGUAGCAGUAGUAGGAGCAAAGGUAGUAGCAGUAGUAGGAGCAAAGAUGAAGAGGAAAGAAGGGAUAUUGAUGUUCUAACAGAUGUUAGCUUUAAGAAACCGAUUAACGAAAUGAAUAAAAAAAUAUUUGAAAAAAGACAUAUGGAACUUAAGGAAAAAUUAAAGAAAUUGAAAAGUUGUAAUAAGUAUACAAGUGUAAGGAAUAGUAGUAUCAAUUCCCAAAAAGGGGAAAAAAUAAAAGAAGUAAAUGAAGAAGAAGAUAAAUUAAAAGAAGAAGAAAAAGAAGAAAAAAAAAAAGCUCCUUUAGUCAGAUAUCAUGCUCCACCUGGAUGUGAAACAAAAGCGAAUGAAACAAAAUAUAGACAACUUAAAGAAAAAUUAAAAAGAUUAAAAUGUAAGAAUAACAGUGAUGUGAGUAAUGAAUAUAACGACUCAGCGGAUGACGAAAAAAGGGUAUCCAGCAAAAAUGAAGAAUUACCAAAAUGUACUUCUAAUAUUAGUAGUAAAAAAAAUGAGCUUUCUGAUGAUGGAGAGACAGACAAAAAGGGUAGAAGUGGAAAUAAAAGUAGGAGUAGAUGUGGAAGUAAAAGCAGCACCAUUGACAAUUUAACGAGUAAAAAAGAAACAGAGCAUAUGCGAAAAGAACUGAAAAAAAAAUUAGAAAAAUUUAAAAGAGAAAAUAAAAUAUACAACUGUGAAAUGAUAAGUGCUGAGAGAAAGGAAAUCCCGUCUUCUCACGUGGGAAGUAAUAGUAGAAGAAGAGAAAUAAAAAAAGAGAAUCCUAGUAAUCGUCAUAGGGAAAGAAGUAUAGGAAAAAGUAGUUGGAGCAGGACGGAAAAGAGACGUAAAAGAAGCAUUGAUUCAAGUACGGAUAGUUAUAGUUACCAUCAUAAAAGAAAACGGAGUGCUUAUAAGGAGCAGCGUAAUUACCCUUAUGACAAGAAAAAUAAAAGCGACAGAAGGAAUGAGAAGCAGCGGUACAAUCAAAGGGGAAGCAAAUCGUUUCUAGCAGUGGGGGAAGAAAGCGAAGCAGGGGGAGAAUGCGGAGUAGGGGGAGAAUGCGGAGUAGGGGGAGAAUUCGAAGCAGGGAGAGAAUGCGAAGUAGGGGGAGGGAUAUACAUAGACGCAGUAGCAGUGGGGGAAGAAAGCGGAGUAGGGGGAGAAUACAAAAGUAGGGGGAGGGAUAUACAUAGACGCAGUAGCAGUGGGGGAAGAAAGCGAAGCAGGGGGAGAAUACAAAGUAGGGAGAGGGAUAUAAGUAGACGCAGCAACAGUGAGGGAAAGUGCAUUAGAAGAAGAAUGAACAAAGAACAAAGGGGAUAUGGCACGGAGGACAGUAGCUUGGAGAAUAGCAUCUUGGAGGGAAGAUACAAAAGGGAAAAAAAAAAAAUCUCAGAAAACCAUUACAUUAGUAAUAUGUGUGAAAAGGAGAAAAUUAUGCAUAAUGAUGAUGGUAAGGUAAAUAAUAUGAAGAGAGAAGAAAAGCAAAGAAAAUAUAUUUACAAUAAAAAAAAGGAUGAAAAGAUAGAAAGAAAAUAUUUUAGAAUACCGUUAGGAUAUCAUACUACUAAGGAGAAUUGGAAUAACUACACCCAAUGGUUACAAAAAAAAAAUGAAUACAGGUUUAGUAUACCAUUUGAUGAAAACAAAAUAUUUAGAAAAUCAAAAUCAUUAUCUCCAACAACGUGGGAAAUGUUUGUGGCGAAAUCAGAGAGUGAAGAAUUGGAUGAGAAUAAGAAGAAUAAAGAAAUUGACGAAAAAGGGAAUAAGAGAAAUGUACAAACUUAUCAACGAAAGGAUGAGAAUUUUGCAAAAAAAGGAAAAGAAAAAAAAGCACAUGAUGAUGUUAAUAACAUUUCGGAAAACAACUCAUCUUAUUACUCCUCUACUCUAUCCUUAUCUUGCUCGUAUGAUGAAAAGGAAGUUCAGGCUUCCCAAAAGAGGAAGAGAAAAAAAUGGAAAAGCACCGAAUUUCCAAGUACUGAAGAGGAGGGAGUGAAAGAAAAAAAAAUUAAAAAGAGCUACAUGGAUAAUGAAGCAUUGGGCACAAAGAAGCAUAAAUUGAAAGAUAAAAAAAAGCACAAAUCUAAAUAUAAGAACUAUGAUGAAAAAAAAAAAAAAAAAAAAUCGUGCACUAGUUCUAGUAGUAGUAAUAGUAGUAGUAGCGGUAGUGAUGAUGGGGUAAGCGCAUCGCCUACGUCAGCAGCUUCAGUUACUUCAUUCUCUGCAGCCACUUCAGCUACGUCCUUAUCUUUUCUUUGCGAAGGAUACAAAUCAUUAGAUGAAAAGCGGGUCAGAAAAAGCAGUAACAUGGUAAGACAGGAACAUAAGAAGAAGGAAAAGAAUAGUGUUGGUAAAGACGAACAUGAUUUAGCAGUAGAUGAGAAGAAAAAAGGGGAAAGUACAUCCACAUAUAAUAGAAAAGCGCAUCGAGAGAGAAUUUCACAUAAGGGGGAUAGACAGUUGCAUGAGGAGGAAGAUGAAGAAGCAUAUGUGGAUGAUGAAGCUGAUGUGGAUGAUGAAGCUGAUGUGGAUGAUGAAUCUGAUGUGGAUGAUGAAUCUGAUGUGGAUGAUGAAGCUGAUGUGAAUGAUAAAGCGGAUGCGGAUGAUAAAGCGGAUAUGGAUAAUAAAGCGGAUGUGGAUAAUAAAGCGGAUGUGGAUGAUAAAGCGGAUAUGGAUGAUGAAACGGAUGAAUUGCGCAAGGCACGGGAUCCCGCGGAAGAUACAUCAAACGAUGAAAGUGUAGGUCCGAAACCGUUGGAUGUGAAUGUCAAGUUAGCUAAUAAACAAAUUGAUUAUGGUGUUGCUAUGAUGCCAGGGGAAGGACAUGCAAUAGCUCAGUUUGUUCAGAAAGGAAAAAGAAUUCCAAGAAGAGGAGAAGUAGGGUUGUCAGCUGAAGCUAUCGAAAAUUUUGAAAGUCUAGGUUAUGUUAUGAGUGGAUCAAGGCAUAAAAGAAUGAAUGCUAUUCGUAUGAGAAAGGAAAAUCAAGUGUAUAGUGCUGAAGAGCAGAGGGCGUUGGCCAUGUUUAAUUAUGAAGAAAGAACAAACAGGGAAAAUGCUUUAAUAAAUGACUUAAAAGAAAUUUUAAGAAAACAAAAUGAGGCUAUAAUAAAUGAGAGCAAAAAUGAUUGA